CAUAACAUUCACUAAAACUCCUUUCAUUCAUUUUUUUGGGCUCAAGUCGAAGCAGAUAGUUAACUUGCAAAAUAUACAUAGAAAAGAAGAGAGAUGACUAAAGGCACACUAGAAGUUCUGCUCGUCGAUGCUUCUAAACUCAAAGACACCGAUUUUUUUGAUAAAAUGGACCCUUAUGUGAUAAUUCAGUUCGGUAAUCAGAAGCGAAAGAGUACCGUUGCUCGUGGACAAGGAAAAGCACCACUAUGGAACGAAAAAUUUACAUUUGAUGUGGAGUAUCCAGAAAACAUUAGAGAUGAGCAUCAUCAAUAUAAACUCAAUCUCACCAUCAUGGACAGAGAUAGGUUCAGCAGGGAUGACUUUGUAGGCGAAUCGACGAUUUAUGUGACGGAUGUCUUAUCAUUUGGCGUAGAGAAUGGAACAUCUGAAAUUAGAGCUAGCAAGUAUCGUGUGGUUCUACACAACAAAACCUAUUCUGGAGAAAUUCGAGUCGGCAUUUCAUUCACCCGAAAGGAUACCAAAGGAGGAUGGAAGCAAUAAUAACUUAAAUGAUUUGAUCGAACUUAAGAAUAGUUGGUGUUGGUGAAGAGGCUAUUUAGUUUAUUUGACUUUGUAAUUUUGUGAAUUUUAAAUUACUAAUUGAUUGUUUCAAAUUGUUUGCCAAACUUGUUAACUUGAUUUGACAAUGAAUAUAAAA